CAUAUUUAAAAUGUUAUAAUUUAAAAUAACUGGCUUCCGGUAACGGUACACGCGCGUUCACAGGAGAUGGAUGCCGGCGAAUGACGUAUGACGCAGCGUACGAAACGUGGUGACGUAGAACGUCCGCGACAGCGCAGCCAGAGAGCAGAGGUAAACAAAACUCCAUUAAGGAUUUCCGCGAAGAGUUCGUUAAUUUAGUUGUAUUGAAGCGUUGUAAUAGGCUUAAAAUGGUUCGAGCCUGCAUCUACCCUGGAUGCCUAAACUUAUUUAAAACGGUAAGGUUACGCGCCCGGUCGUCAAAGGAAGAUGCGGCAGUAACAUUUCAUAGAUUCCCAGUACAUGAUUCGGAGCGAUUGCAGUUAUGGCUGCUGGCUAUUGGUUGGGAUAUAAAUACACCAAAAGAAAAACUCCUGCGAUAUAGGAUGUGCAGUGAACAUUUCAGCCCAGAAGACUACGAGGAGAAGAUUGGAAAUAAAAAACGACUUCUGAAAUCGUCAGCCGUGCCCGUCCCUGUGUUACUUCUCCCGCAAAAUCCGGAAUCUCAAGGGGAUCCUGUUGUUGCUACUCAAUCAAGUCUCUGUUACCCUACACAAAAAGAUCAGGAAACAGAUGUCCUUGGUGUAUCAACUUUUGUUGAAGAUGUUACACUCUCAACUCCAGUCAAACAUAGCAGCAAAGAAGAUAAUGAAGGAAUUGUGUCCGGACUCGAAUUAAUGCUUAAAAGUCCUGAAUCAAUUCCAAGUAGGACAGGUCCAUCAACAUCUGGGACAUACAUUGCCUUUCCUCCAAUACGUAUCUGUCAGCCAGAAACACAAAGGGAUUCUGCUGUGCAGGCUCAGCCAAGUUUGUUUUUCACAUCAACAGAAAAGGAUCAGGAAAAAGUUGUCCUGGAUGUGUCAUCACUAGAGGGUGUUCCACAGUCAACUCCAGUUAAACACAGCAGCAAAGCUGGACUCAAGUUCACGCUUAGAAGUCCAGAAUCCUUUUACAGUAGGACAGGUCCAUCUACAUCUGGGACAUAUAUUGCCUUACCCCCCAUAAGUUCAUAUCAAUUGGAUCAGACAUCACAGACUGAACCACAAUCUGAAGACUGUGAUUUGGAUAUCAGCAUGCUUUCAAUAGAUUGUCCAUCAGACAAGGACUCAAGUUUUGUUCCUGCCAGCUCUACAUCAUCAACAUCAACUACAACCACAGAGGAAGAAAGAGAAAAUGAGAAGUGGAAGGAAAGAAAAUGGAUUGUAAACGAAUCAAACUUGAUGAAGAUGUUCAGAAGAUGUCAAGAUUGUGGAGCACUAAUUACUGACACCAAGAAAAAAGCCUCGGGGAGCCUUAUCGAAGUGCUGUGGGAAUGUGAGAACAAGCAUCAGGGCCAUUGGAGUUCAUGCGAAGAUGUUCGGGGAAUGCCCCUAAAUAAUCUUCUGGUUUCUGCAAGUGUGCUAUUUAGUGGUGCAACUUAUGCCAGCCUUGCUGAUUGGGCUGCACUGCUGAACUUACAGGUGCCAAAGAAAACCGCUUUCUAUUCAAUGCAGUCGUCAUACCUCAUUCCAGCAGUUAAUGCCACUUACAAACCAAAACAAGAUACGAUUUUGAAUGAGUUACUAGUUGAAAAUGCAUUACACACUGAGGUGCAUUUAUCAGGGGAUGGGAGAUCAGACAGCCCUGGGUUUUCUGCAAAAUACAACACAUACAGUCUUAUGGAUGACACAACGGAUAAAAUCGCACACUUUGAGUUGGUGCAGGUAACAGAAGCAUCUAGCUCAACGGCCAUGGAGCCCAUUGGGUUUAAAAGAGGCCUAAAUCAUAUUUUGGAGAAAGGCAUCAAAGUAGAUGUGUUGACCACUGACAGAUCUCCAUCCAUAAGAAAGAUAAUGCGGGUGGAAUAUCCAUUUAUUCACCAUGAAUUUGAUAUAUGGCACGUGGUGAAGGGGUUGCUAAAGAAAUUAUUAUCCUUGUCAAGAUACAAGGACAACAGAGAUCUCCAGCCCUGGAUCAAGUGCAUCUGCAACCAUUUGUGGUAUUGCUGCUCUAGUUGUGGAGGUGACCCUGAAGACUUAAUCUGGAAAUGGAAGUCAAUACUUCAUCACAUCUCUGGGGAACAUCGCUGGACCGAGGAUGGAAUACAAAAGAGAUGUCUCCAUCCUGACCUCAAUCCUGACCAACAGAGACGGAAGAGGUGGAUUAUUAAAGAGUCUCGUGCAUACCAUACACUGGAGAAAAUAGUUCUGGACAAAGGUAUUCUGAAGGACCUGCAGCAAAUGUCCCUGUUUAAGCAUACUGGCAAGCUUGAAGUAUUCCACUCCAUGCUACUCAAGUACUGUCCAAAGAACCUACACUUUCAUUAUUCUUCCAUGUUUGCUCGCACACAGCUUGCAAUUAUGGAUCAUAAUGAAAAUGUAAAUCGUCAACAGGCCACAACUGCCUCUGGAGUACAGCGCUACAAUGUUGUUUUUCCCAAGCACUCCAAGCAGUGGGUCGCAAAGAAACUGUUUAACCCAACCACACAAACAUUUCGAGAUGAACUGGUUAAUACGGUUCUGGAGUACCGAAGAAACCCAAACACUGCAGUUCCAGACGAGACAUCUGAUCGUACUAUUCCCACAUUACCUGCAAAUAUUGCAACAAAGCCAAAACCUGACAAAGAGGCUGCUAUUUCAAUGCACCAGUCCAGGUUUUCUAAGUAAAGCAUCUGCACAAUAUUUACAUAGACUCUUGUGCCUUACUGGGAACAAUAUUGUGCCAAAACUUGCCAUCGAGGCUGCUAUUUCAAUGCACCAGUCCAGGUUUUCUAAGUAAAGCAUCUGCACAAUAUUUACAUAGACUCUUGUGCCUUACUGGGAACAAUAUUGUGCCAAAACUUGCCUAAGACGCUGCUAUUUCAAUGCACGAGUCAAGAUUUUAUACGUAAAGCAUAUGCACAAUGCUUUAUAUAGACUCUUAUGCCUUACUGUCACUUUGAUGAAAGUAUUAUUGGUCACUGCUCAUUUUCUUUUUUAGUUUUACGUUAUUUUUAUCUAACAUUUCAUUGUUUUCUUGUUUUUAUGUCAUGUUAGAGAACUGUUGCCUUGAAGUAAAAGCAUUGAUGUGA